CCAUGUGUGGACUCGGCAGCGGGCGGGCCGCGCGCUGCGCUCAGCUCGGCCGCCAGGGAGGCGGCGCCCCGCGCUGCGCCGCGCCGCCCGGCCUCUGAGUGGCGCCCCGUGCCGUCCGCCGCGCCGCGCCCAUGGAGCCAUGGCGAGUCUUCCUGGUCGUGUUCUUCAUUUUCAUAUUCAUCUGUGUGGUGACCUGUAUCAUCUGGUACGCGUUCAUCCGCUCGGCCUCGUAGCGCGGUGACCGCGGUGGGCCCAUGCGGCCGGCCGCCGCCGGACAGCUCGCCCCGCAGUGUGUCUGACCCCAGAGGAGCGGACCGCCGGCCCCCCGCCGCGCGCCGGUAGUGACACCGACCCCGACCGGCCGCCGAGACCAUUGAGAGCCCCCGGCCCCCGCGGCUCACCACCGGCCGGCUUUUGUUCGCGCGCGGCAGUCAUGACAGUGGGCAGCCGGCCGAUCGGCGCCCGCCGCUCGUGUCUGCGCUGCGCCCACCCUGAGGGCGCCCCUGGCUGCGGCGCCCCCCGCACCGGUCACGCUCGAAUCGCCUCUGUGCAGCGACCUCGACCCGGCCGUGACCGCGCCGCCAUGGCGGCCGAGCUACAGCGGAGAAAGGAGCAGCUCCGGCAGCGGCUCUCCCGCCACCUGAGCACAUCACAGGAGAGUCUGAUGAACAUCCCCCCGGCGUCCUCUCUGCGCAACGUGCUGAAGACGGGGCAGCUGCUGAAACUCAGCUCCCGGGGACGGCUCUACCCGCGCUGCUGGAAAAAGAGGCUGUGUGUGCUCACCAACACGACACUCUACAUCUACAAAACCGAGGGAGACUCCGGCCCCGAGAGGCCGGUGGGUCACAUCGAGCUCUCCGUGUUCUCACAAUGCAAGGAGAUGGCGCAGAAACAGACGAAGAAGACGACCCACGCCUUCGUGCUCUCUCGACCCGAGGGCACUACGAACGAGGUGGCCCGGCACGUUUUCGCCGCCGACUCGGCCGCUGAACUGAGCGACUGGCUCCGUAAGCUGCACGCUGCUGCCGGCCGGGGAGCGCCCGAGGCGACCGGGCGCGGCGCGCCGCUGCAGCUCGGAGCAGAGACGGCCAGUGCGGUGAGCGGCGGUGACCGCGGCGCCGGCCCCUCAGUGGACCCGGCCUCUGUGCCGCUGCCAGAGGGCGCAGGUCGCCGGCCGCGGGGCCGGGCCCGCCAGCGGCCGCGGCCGGCCAUCCGACCGGGCCCGACACCCGGCCAGCAGGGCAGCCUGCUGGUGGAACCGAGCGGUAUCACCAGCAGCAGCCAGCCGUGCCUGCUGGACUGGCCGGCGCGCGGCACCAGCAGCGGCAGGCCGUCGGGUGGCGGCGGGCUCAGCUCUGCCUACGAGUACAGCUCCAGCGGCGAGUCGGACUCGUCCCUCGCCUCCUCGCGCUGCUCCGUAGUCAGGCGACUCAACACCACCAUGCCGGAGAUCGUGCUGCCGCGGCGCUCGGACAGCCCCCUGGCGGCCGUCGCCACCACCUCAGCCUCCGAUGUUCGCCAGCAGACAGCAACGCCAGCGGAUGGGUUUCCACCGCUGUCGCCGGCCAGUCAGCCGCAGCCAAAGCGAGGAUCGCUUCCUAGCAUCGUGGCGUCACUUCAGAGGCCGGAGAAAGAUGUGCUCAGCGUCGGCGGGACGGCCAGCACGGGCAGCUCUUCGAUAACAAAUCUCACACGGACCCUGACGCGAGAAGGUCAGACGGUUCCUGAGGUGCUGUCCAGUCUGGCCGAGCUCCGCGAGGGGCUCAGCCAGGCCGCCUCCCGGCUGGACUCUGUGGAGAGGACGCUGGCGGGCUCCGAGGCGGAGAUGGCCACCAGCCGGGCCGACAUCGUCGCCGUCCAGGGCAGCCUGGCAUCGCUACAGUCACUGGCAACCUCACUCAACAACAAAAUGACGCUGUUCUCUGGCAUGUUCAGAAAGGUGGACGAGCAGCUCCAGGAAAUGUGGUCGGAAAUGGAGACGGUCAACAACAAUGUCCACCAUGUGAUGCACACGGCGCUCGAGUCCCAGGAGCGGAACGAGCAGCUGUUCGCGCAGCUGUCCAGCCUGCGCAGCCAGCUGCUGGCCUCGUUCCCCGAGCAGCUGACCAGCGGUGGCUCCCUGCCGCGGCCGAGUCGACACUCACACCGGCACGGUGACUCGCGCCGCCGCCGGGAACGACUCGACUCGGAGCUGCUUUGCGAGAUCGACGACCCGGCCCUGGACGAGGUGGCGCCACCGGUUUCCGCUGCUAUCGAAAAGACGGCGCCACCGGCGCUGGAUGCAAAGGAAAAGGUGGCGCCACCGGCUUCCGUUGCAAUGGAAAAGGUGGCGCCACAGGCGCCAGUCUCCGUCGAAAAAGCGGCACCACCUUCGUCGGUCUCACUUGGGACGGACAUGCCAGUUCCGUUUGUCUCAGCUGACGAGGGAGCGUCGAUGUCAGGUUUCUCAGAGACUGAACUGAGCUCGGAUGGGGUGGUUUUGGAGGGUCGACGGCACACCGAUGAAAGCCCUCCUAGUUAUUAGAGGAGAACCGGCCCUAGAAGGCAACUAGAAAAUAAAUUAGUGAUCGUCGCCUAUGUCGACAAUGCUGUUUGAUAUUUUGCAUGCCUACAUGAGGAAGGCUGGUGUCUGAUGAUUGACUCAAUUGCUUAUGAACACUGUGGCGUUUAGUGUUUCUUUCUACCUUUCGACGCUUGUCAUUGUUAACGUUUUUACUUCUUACUGUAUUUGCAGAUAUUUUUUACCUGCUGUUGCUAUGUGUUUGAGUAGCCUGUGUUGCGCAGCUCCCUGCACACGAGACGUAUCAGAGUCGUGUCACGACUACAAGAGUCGAUGUCGGAAGGAGAUCUGGACUAGACUGAAGCUGUAGUCGGAGUAGAUAGUGCGGGCGCACGGCCGGAAGAUAGCUCAAUAUUGUUAGUGGUGGUGUUGCUGAUGUGAGUAUGAAUAUAACGAAGAAUGAGAGCGAAAGGGAGGGAUAAAAAUAGAAAGACCGAGUGAGUGAGUGGACUUGGUUGGCGACAUGGCGUCGCAUUUGACUGUGUGUUCUUUUGAGAGUCUGCAACAUGAUGCUGCGAUUAAUGUUGAAAAAAUAAAGCAAGUGAGCAUCUA